AUGGGUCUGGCAGUUGACGUUGGUAAACUUUCGCUUGUCGCAAAACCAAUAUUUACUGUAGAAAUGACUACACCAGCCAUGACGAAGAAGGGAUUACUGAAUUUUGGUAUUUGGAUAUUUUACGUGCACAAAAGCUUUUGUCUUAAUGAUACAGAAUAUGAGUUUUACAUGAUAAGCAAUCUUGUCAAAGAUGUUGGAAAGAGGAUACAAUCUUUGAGGGAAAAUGUCAAAGAAUUAGUUGAAGCAAAGUGUCCGACAUUGACAUGUCCUGACAGCUCAUGUGACGAUGACUGGGUAUCUUACAACGGGUCUUGCUCCUUGUUUGAGGCUACUCAGACACGCAAUUUUGAAGAUGCAAGAAUAUUCUGUAAGCAAAAGGCAUCUGUCAUUUUGUAUGUACAAGAUGAAGCGGAAAAUUCCUUUAUCGUUAGAACUCUUAGCUAUUUCUUUUCCAUAGAAAAAUAA